CUUAAGAAAAGCUAAAACAACAAACUUGAAUGGCAUUUCAAUAAGGAAAAUACCACCCAAGUUGUGGACCAAGUGGAACUUUGAAAAACAUUCCGAAAUUCGAACACCUGCGGUUUCACACACUGACCACGGUGCCCCACGGCAACCGAUAGCCGUGGCUCGGCUCGCCAAUGACAAAACCCUAGCUGUGCGACAGGGCUCAGUCUUUCCGCAGCACCACUGGUUGCCACCUUCCUCGCUCUCAAGCUCUAUCCCUCGCAUUUUGUGCGCGUCUCAACUUCGUCUUUUUUUCGCUAUGGGGCGUGUAAGGACCAAAACCGUGAAGAAGGCCUCAAGGGUCAUGAUCGAGAGGUACUACUCUCGCAUGACUUUGGACUUCCAAACCAACAAGAAGAUUGCUGAGGAGGUUGCAAUCAUUCCAUCGAAGAGGCUUCGCAAUAAGAUCGCAGGAUUUGCCACUCAUUUGAUGAAGCGUAUCCAGAGGGGACCAGUGCGUGGAAUUUCCCUGAAGUUGCAGGAAGAGGAGCGUGAGAGGCGCAUGGACUUUGUGCCAGAGGAGUCUGCCAUCAAGACUGAUGUGAUCGAGGUGGAUCGUGAGACCAUAGAGUUGUUGGCCCACCUGAACAUGCCCCAACUUCCAGGUGUUGUACAGCAGGCCGCACCUGCUGCAGGAGGAGGCUUUUUCAAGCCACAAGGGGGAGGCUACCAGGGUAACAGGAAAAGAACCUAAACACAGGCAGGGAUUGUACCGAAUAUAUAUUUUUUCCUUUAUAAAUUUGUAAAAGGUAUUUUUCACCUUGUGGCUCA